CCCUUAUUAUGUAUGUCGUAGUCGAAUUUCGAGAGCAGUCGUAGUCGAACUCGAAUUUACAUUUCGUUGGUAUUAUGUAAAAAAAAUGACGUGAGUGUUUUUGUAAUAGACGUAUCCUACAUAUUUUAAUAAAUUCUGAACUACCCAGUGAUAAAAACAUCAGCUGAUUGAAAAUAUUUGAGUUACAAUUGCCGGCUUUUUAAACGUUUCGUAAUAAAAAGUAAAAAAGUAAAAUAAAAAUGCUAAGUGUUGCAAAUUUUUCAUCUUCUGACGAAGAAGACGAAACCAAUGCUUAUAAUCUUAUUUGUUAUCGCAGUCAGAUAAGAAUUCAGUCAAACAUAUUUUCCCUUCCAAGUUCAAAGUAAGUAUGUUUCCUUUCACGUUUCUCCCAAAUUAUCAAUAUUUUUUUGCAGAUUUGUAAGCAAUUUUAGACUGAACAAAGCGUCUUUUCGGUACGUUCUAAGGACAAUUUCACAAAAACUUCGUGAUCCCUCCAGAUCAACAUGUGUGCCGAAAACUUUGCGGCUGGCAGCAACACUAAGAAUACUCGCGGAAGGUAGCUACCAAAAAGGAGCAGGAAACGAUUUCAACGUGGGCCUGGCACAACCCACAAUGAGUUGUGUCUUUCACGAGUGCAUAGAUGCGAUGUAUAGCGAACUUUGCUCCAAAUGGAUUACAUUCAAAAUGAGCGAAAGGGAAAAGAUGGAAAUAAAGGAACAUUUCUAUGGCCAAACGAGGUUUCCGGGCGUAAUUGGCUGUAUUGAUGGCACCCAUAUAAAGAUUUUGGCUCCAACUCUAUCAGAACGUUGGAAAUACUAUAAUAGAAAGGGAUUUUAUAGCUUAAAUGUGAUGGUGGUCUGUGAUCAUAAACUAAGAAUACGUUAUAUUUCACCAAGCCAUCCAGGUUCAGCACACGAUUCGUUGGUAUGGAAUGUUAGUGAUCUUAAAGCAUAUCUUGCAGAACGAUAUAAUAACGGAGAAAGAAACACAUGGCUUUUAGGUGAUAGAACCAUAUUUAAUCACCCCCUUUAGGGCAGCAGAAGAAGGCAGUGCUGAGUCUCGAUUUAACACAGUACAUUCAAAAGCAAGAAAUAUUGUGGAAAGAACAAUUGGUGUUGUAAAAAAUAGAUUCCGCUGCCUGCUUGGUGCGAGACAGUUGCAUUAUUCUCCAGAAAUGGCCGCGAAGAUUACCGCAGUUUGUGCAGCUUUACAUAAUAUAUGCAUCCACUAUAAACUCGAUCAUAGUGAAUUUGAAAUCCCUUUAGAAAAUCAAAAUUCAGAUGAAGAUUAUAAUGAAAAUAAUGGCGACAUGACAGCAACAAGUAUAAGAUUAAAUAUCAUGAACACAAUGAAUGUAUAAAAAAAUUAGUUUUAUUGAACAC